AAGACAUUAAACCCAAACACAUCCUCAUCGACUACACAACCCCCCUCCACAGCCGAUAACGAACAAAGAGCCAUCAAUAAAGUCGAUCCAAACCUCCGACUUGGAAGAUACAGUCAUCGUCCCGCCAGGGAAAUGGCUGCGCGGACCCCCUCUGCGGAAAUGCACUCUGGCGCAGCGCCGAGAGCUGGGGGCGCGAUCUCGUCAGAACCAGGCGUUUGAUGUGUUCUCCUUUGCCCUGGUUAUGAUUUAUGUGACAGCCAAUGAAAUGGUCCUUCGCGUCCCCUGAUGAGCAGUUGAAUGCUGCUGACGCAUGGGGGUAUAUUCUUCGUCUUCAUUUAUCAUACUUUGCCGAUGUGGACGGGGUGGAGCAAUUCCUUGAGCAUAUAAGGGAGCAAAAUCCAUUGUUUGAUCGUAUAUUGGAGUUAAUCCACACGUUUGGGGCGGAGAAUCCGAGACAGCCGGUUGAGUGUUGGGGGUUUCUGGAGCCGGGAUUGAGGGAUUUGGUGGCUAGGAUGACUUAUCUUGAUCCCAGGGGGAGGAUUACGGCAAGGGAGGCG